CUUCUCCGGCCUCGUUCCGCCGACGCUCCCUCGGACCCUCGGCACCCGGCCGGGCUGGGCUGGCUCCCCGGGGGGCCAGCUGCUGCCCGGCGGGCCAGCAUGGACAGCCCCGAGGUGACCUUCACCCUGGCGUACAUCGUGUUCUCCGUCUGCUUCGUCUUCACGCCCAACGAGUUCCACUCGGCAGGGCUGACCGUGCAGAAUCUGCUGUCCGGCUGGCUGGGCAUCGAGGACGUGGCCUUCGUCCAGUACCACCUGCGCAGGACCACGGUCACCAUGCUGGUCCACUCGCUGCUGCCGCUGGGGUAUUACCUCGGCAUGUGCUUUGCAGCUUCAGAAAAGCAGCUCUAUUAUUUUAACCAGGCUCCAGAAGGCUGGAAGCUGUUCCUUCUACUCUCAGUGUCCUUCCCCACCAUUACCUGCACCAUUGCUUACUACUGGUCCCGAAAGAGAUGGGAUCGCCACCCAUUAGCCAGGACUCUGGCGCUCCACGCCCUCCCACAGUCAGGCUGGCGAGCAGUGGCGUCCUCCAUCAACACAGAGUUCCGACGCAUUGACAAGUUUGCCACAGGGGCUCCAGGUGCUCGGGUAAUUGUGACAGACACCUGGGUGAUGAAGGUGACCACUUAUCACAUUCAUGUGGCUCAGCAGCAGGACAUCCACCUGACGGUGACCGAUUCUCGUCAGCACGAGCUCUCACCAGACUCCAAUCUGCCUGUCCAAUUCCUUACCAUCCGAGUGGCCAGCAUCAAUCCCCUCAUCAAAGCCUUCGACAUUCGACUGAAUUCUACAGAAUACGGUGAGCUUCGGGAGAAACUCCACGCUCCCAUCCGCAAUGCUGCCAAUGUCGUGAUCCACCAGAGCCUCGGUGACUUGUUUCUGGAAACAUUUACAUCCUUGGUGGAAAUCAACCCACCUUAUUCCAUUCCCAGCAACCAGGAACUGGAGCCCUGCAUUGGCUGCAUGCAGAUAAGUGCCAACAUCAAGCUGGUGAAGAACUGCCAAGAGUCCAACGAGGGCGAGUGCCAGCAGUGUUACUGCCGCCCCAUGUGGUGUCUGACGUGCAUGGGAAAGUGGUUUGCCAGCCGCCAGGAUCAGCAGCACCCAGAGACCUGGCUCUCUAGCCAAGUGCCUUGCCCCACCUGCAGGGCCAAAUUCUGCAUCCUGGACGUGUGCAUUAUCCACUGACCUUCCCUAAACAGGGACGUGCUCCUGGGGGAGGUCCGGGCAGGCUGAGCAUCACCAUCUGACAGAUGCCUUCACGUCUCCCCCUCCCCAGCUCCUUGGGCCUGGCCCGGCCUCCUCUGGAGGCUGCUUGUUUCACCUAGUUCCCAGAUUAGGUGGGGGGUAGGGGUGGGGAGAGAGGAGGCAGGGCAAGGCUUUCGCUUCCAGACUUUGGAAGGAAGACCCGAUGCUUCUACCCUGCCCCUGGUGUUUGUAGAAAGAAAAUGCCUUCUCUCUCCACUUUAUACAGAGUGAAGGAUUCCAGGGAGAUUGUCCAUCAUCCUCUGUGUAAUUAGACUAGCAAAGGGCUAUUAAAAAAAAAAAAAAGUAACAAGUCAGACACUGUCCCUGACAGGGACUGAGCUUUCUUUUAAUGAAGCCAUUUUUAAAAGUUUAUUCUUGGAGGCAGCUGGGUGGUUCAGUAGAUUGAGAGCCAGGCCUAGAGAUGGGAGG